GUUUUUAUUGUGAAAAAAGAAAAGCUAGAAAAUAGAGAAUUUGAUACAGCAACGUAUACAGGUGAAUGUAGCCUUGUUUAGAGAUAACAGAGCAAAGGGUCUUAUUCUUCAAAGGAAUCCAAUCUUAAAGGUUCAACAAUAAGAGAUACUUCUCCUUUUGAAACUUGGGUCUGCUAGAUUUUGCUUUAAAACUCAAUCUGAUUCUCACAAAACAUUGAAGAAAAGAGAUUCAGGGAGACGAAGGAGAAAUCUGUCGUGGUUGAUUCAGGCGUCAGGUUUGUAAUUUGAGAUGGUUUCAAUGUUUUGAUCCCUAGUUAGUUUAUUUUUUUGUGUUGAAGUGUGUUAAAGUGCUAGAAGCUGUUUAAGUUGUGAGACCUUAAGUUUUUCCAAGUUGGGGUUCAUGGGAAUUGUUGCUUUGAGGCUUUGGAUGUUGAGGAUUGAAAUGAGGUUAAAUCUUUGCGGUGAUGAGCUCGGGUGGUUUCUGAAAUUUCCGUGAACGAGCAGAAAUGGAUUCGUGGUUUGUUGCAGUAGCUGCAGCAGCAGCAGCUGGAUAUUUUGCUAAAUAUUGGCAAAAUCUUACAACAGAUAGGGAUGGUUUUCCCAAGGUUUCUUCUGUGGAUUCUGGGAUUGGGAAGGUUGUAACAGGAAAGGAUCUGGUCCACAAAUUUGCUAUGAUAAGGAAACUCCGGGAAGAUGUUUCUGAUAGGAAAAUAUCAGAUGUUUAUGGACUAAAUGUGGCUUCAGCUGCAGAAAUUGAUUCUGCUAGUGGAUUCAAUAGUGAAAAGAUUGGAAGCUCGGGAAGUUUAUCACCGGGAUUGUUGACAAAUGAAAGCCUAAGAGAAAAUCAAUGUGGAAAGGAGCUGAUUGCUGAUUGUGGUAGUGAUUCUGCUAAAGCUUCUAUUGCUAGAAUCGACUCUUUUAACGAGCCUAUGCACAAAAGAAGCUCUCUUAAAGCUAAAUAUUCGCAUGGACGUUCACUUAAACCGCUGAGUUCCUUAGAUAGUUGCCUCAUGGCUCAACUACAUAUGCAACAUGUUAAAAUGGAGGAGUAUGUACUUAGCUGCCUUCCAUCACCAACAACACCGAUCUUGAGACCAUUGUUGAUAACUGACGGAAGCCGAAUAAUCAACAGAACAAGUGGUGAUUUUUCUACUGGAUCAAAUGGGACCUGGGACAGUAAGCUGCAUAAUCUAGCCACUUUUGAAAAGAACAGAUACGUAUAUGCGGAUCCUCCUCUGCCAAAAAUUGAUUCCUCUGAUCUCCCCGAGAAGUUGAAGUUUAAGAGCGGAAAUGAGUGCGAUGGAAGACCGAGCAUUCCUUGCAAAAUCAAUACUGAAAAGCAGUUUCAUGCACAAUGGGGUCGUCAUGAUCGAGCUGUUCUGUUUUGUCUCGGGAUAUCUAUUGGAAUAAUAUGUUCUUACAUUGGAAAUAAAAGGGAAGUUGAGAAACUGAGAGGGUUGCUAAAGCAAACUGAGAACUUGGUUCAAGAUCUUCAAGAGGAACUCGAGAUGAAAGAUUCAUUGACAGUAAAGGAGCUAGCUAAUGAGAAUUAUGAAUCACAAGAGGCAUGUGACAAUUCCUGUCCUGACAGGGCAAUGAAUUCGUCUCCCCUUGAACAGAAUACAGAUAAUUUAACAAGAUUUGAUGGUAAAGAAUCACAUCAUCAAAAGGUAGAGGAAAGUCCAGAGUCGAUGAGUAAAAUUGAAGCCGAACUUGAAGCUGAACUUGAGAGGUUGGGUCUAAACAUGAAUGUAUUGAAUCUUGAGCAAAGACUGCCCGAUCUUGGUGAGAUUGACCCAGAUUUUGUAGCAGAUUUUGCUGAAGGUGAACUGAGAUCCGAUAUGGUUUCAGGACAAGCUCAUGGCCAAUCUAUGUCUAAUGAAAAUAGAAGCGGCACCUCGACUACCCAUUCCGGAAAUUAUGCAGUCUCACCCCGAGAGUUAACCUUGCGUUUGCAUGAAGUUAUUCGAUCAAGACUUGAAGAUCGAGUACAAGAACUCGAGACAGCUCUAGAGAACAGUCAGAGGAAGGUGAAACUGAUGGAAUCAGAGCAUAAGAAUCCUAACAACAAAUGGAAAUAUUUGACAACGGAGAGUCCACUGGUAAAUGAAGAUCUCCAUUGGACAUCGAAGCCUCAAGUUCCAAAAUUAUCAUGGGAAACUCCAGAUCAUGCAUACAACGAGGCUUUUGAAGAGGCAAAAGAAGAGGGUACACCAUUAUAUAUUUAUCGAGAAAAGCUGGCUUGGGGUGAUCAAUAUGACGCAAACAAAUCAGAUGAAACAUUUUACGAUCAGGUAAGAAUAUCGGAAGAUCAAUCUUCAAGGGUCCAAGAAUUGCUUGAUGUUGAUGUUAGAGAAGAUGAAUGUAGUGAUAAUGAUGAUGAAAUGGAGAAGCUAUUGAUACAACAAAUUGUGGAGAAAACCAAGAAAGGAUCUCCUGUAUUGCUAAAUGCACAAAGACUAUUGUUUUCCAUGGAUGAAAUUUGAGAAACUGAAAAUUUUGCAGUUAAUACAUAUAAGACUUGCAUGCUUAACUACAGCAA